CUCUCUCUAAUCACUCCCAAUUCAAAGAGUUAAGUCUCACGUACGACAUAUAUACUUAACCAAAUCUUACCAUAUAGUCCAAAAUACUACUAGCUAACUUUAAUCAUAUUUAUAUUAUUUGUCACUAUAAAAUCCUUAAAUUUUCGUUUCUUAUGGAAUAUUUAGGUAUGAACAAAAACUCAAAUAUGACAAAGAUUUCUUCACCAAGAAGUAAGAGAAAACACCACCAACAACAAGAGGACUCACCCUCAAAUAUCAAGUAUUUAGGGGUGAGGCGACGUCCUUGGGGUCGUUAUGCAGCUGAGAUAAGAGACCCUACUACAAAGGAGCGUCAUUGGCUUGGCACGUUUGACACUGCUGAAGAGGCUGCCCUUGCUUAUGAUCGAGCUGCGCGGUCUAUGAAAGGGUCAUUUAGAGCCCGAACUAACUUUGUGUAUUCAGACUCUCCACCAGGGUCAUCAAUCACUUCUAUUUUGUCUCCCGAUGAUCAAUCUCUUCUAAACCAAAUAUUUUUUACAAGCGGCUCAUCUUCGACCCAAACCCAACCCAAUAUCGUGGAUCAAAAUUUUUGGGCUUGUUGGAGUGCUAACUAUCCUCAGCCCAAUACUCACAAUCAGCCGAUUGAGAACAAGGAUCAUACCCAAGAAGUUGAGCUCCCCCCAUUGCCCCCGGACAUUACUUCAAGUUACAACAUGGGCUUGGAUGUGGGUAUGGGCAUGGGCAUAGGUAUGGGUAUGGAUAUGAGUCAAUGGGUUGGAAACACCCCGGAGGUUUUUGGGUUCUCGUGUCAGAAUGAAUCAUUUGGGAUUGAUAACACAAUUUAUAGGGAUCCCAAUGUGAUUUCCAACCCGAUUUCUGAUGGGUUUGACUUUGCCAUUUAA